CGUCACGGUCCUGCCUUACCACUGUAAAUUCGUAUGUUUCAGGAUUCAGUAUUAACGUUAGUUAAAUGAACUACCUGCAAGGAACAUCGUCACAGCUUGCCCAAUGAGAGUGAUAAAUUCCGAGUCAUCCACCAUGACCGAGGGUAUUCCAUCGGAUGCGGUGGGAAGACGGGUGGUCUGCGACGGAGAGAGGGGGACAGUGCGUUAUGUCGGCACUGUACCUCCAACUGCAGGCGUGUGGUUGGGUGUGGAGUGGGACAACCCAGAGAGAGGCAAACAUGAUGGAAACCAUGAGGGAGUGUAUUACUUCACAUGCAGGCAUCCCACCGGUGGUUCCUUCGUUCGCCCCAAGAAAGUCAGCUUCGGCGUGGAUUUCUUAACAGCAAUGAAGCAGCGCUAUGAGUUGGAGCUGAAGCAGGCCAUCGCGGAGGAAAUUAAGAUCUCCAUCAAGACGGUCCAGCUGGUUGGCUUCGAAGCCCUUUCAGAGAAACAGAGAUUAGAAAACCUUACAGAAGCCUCAGUGGCAAAUUGUGACAUCUGUGGCCCCGGACCCGAAAAUGAAAUCAAACAAACCACCCCAAAUAUCUGUACUCUGAACCUCUCUUCGAAUUUGCUGAGCACCUGGGAGGAUGUGGCCCGCAUCACCCAUCAGCUGGAGAAACUGCAUGAACUAGACCUGAGUCACAACAGACUCCGCCUCCCUGCAGAGCCAGCCUCUCUGAGUCCGUCUUUCAGGGGUCUGAAGGUGCUCGCCCUCAACAACUGUGCUCUCACCUGGAUGGAGGUUCUUGAGUUCGCUCCCAUGUGGCCACAGCUCAAAGAGCUCUAUCUUUAUGACAAUGCCAUCACGGAACUGCACAGCCCAGUCGAUGUUUUGCAGUCCUUGACGCUCUUGGAUCUGACCAGCAACCCUUUGACUGAUGGAAGCGAUGUCCUAAAACUUGCAGAACUGCCCAGAUUGGAAGAGCUCAGAUUAUCCAAUACGGGGUUGUCAUCUUUACAGUUCAAUGAUGUAGGCCCAGGAGGCAAAACCACAAUGUUUCCUGCGCUGAGGAGUCUAGUUCUUGACGACAACAACAUCGCAGAGUGGUCAGUGGUGAACGAGCUGGACAAGCUGGCCAGGCUGCAGCAGUUGUCCAUCAACAGGAACCCCCUGAUGAGCGGGGAGAGGAACCGCGAGACCGCCCGGCAGCUCCUCAUCGCCCGGGUCGCCCAGCUCGAGUUUGUGAACAAGAUACAGGUCCCACCAGAUGAGAGGAAAGGGGCGGAGCUGGACUACUGCAAGAUGUUCGGGGAGAAGUGGCUGGAGUCCGGCGGGAGUCGCGACCAGGCGGUGAGCCGACCGAGUGAGGAGUUCACCGCACAGCACCCCCGAUACCAGUCCCUUAUCCAGAAAUACGGAGCCCCGGAGGAGGGAGAGAUGAAGAAGCAGAAACCGUUCGCCCUGAAGAACCAAUUGCUGACGAUAACCUUUGUCUGUCCCGAUGCGUCUGAUAGAAAACCGAUUGAGAAGAAGCUUCCAGACUCCAUGAUUGUGCAGAAGAUGAAAGGAUUGCUGUUCCGACUGCUGAAGAUCCCAGGCUCUGACCUGAAGCUCACAUACACCAGCUCAAAGAUGGAGGGGAAGGAGAUCGAGAUAGACAACGACCUGAAGCCACUGCAGUUCUACUCCAUCGAAGAUGGGGACAAGGUGCUGGUGCGCUGGACCUGAGGGGUCUGAUCGGGGGGGGGUUGCUGCUGCACUGAGAGAGAACCGGGGGGGCGACAGCCUUGCCACCACCAAGCUCUGCAACAUGCACCAGGUGUGCUAGGCUGAGGAGGUCUGGAUCAGCUCUAGGUCCGUACAGGGGAAAGCUUACUGGA